AUGGCAGCAAAGAUUCAACCAUAUCAACAAUAUCUUCGAAAUAAAGUUCGUGCUAAAUCGCCUUCAAAUGAAAAGAUAUUAUCUGGCAAUGAUACCAUUACACAAUCCGACGUAAUAUGGAUGCCUACAUAUUCAAAGUCAAAAAUACUUCAAUGGCCAGCUAUCCUCUGGAUUGGUUUGGGUACUCUUGUAUUUCUUUCCUUAUCUAUUGCUGCUGUAAUACCAAUUGUUGUGUUAACUAAUAAAAUUCAAGCUAAUGACACCACGAAUACAACAAGCAUUUCAACGAUAUGUCCAACAACAGCUAUUACUACUACAGUUACUUCAAGUUCACUUCCUGAUCAAUGUUCUAAUUACAUAACGAUCACAGACAGCACACGAAGUCCAGACUAUUCUGCGUCGAGUUCCUGUGAUAAUGCAACAUUUUCAACUUCUUCAGCAUGGUUUCGUUUUACCGGAUCAGGUGGAACUCUAUUAGCCAGUUGCCCCAUCGAAGAAUAUCGAUGUGGGACAGAUUUUCCUGGCUGGUAUAGUGGAAUUUAUCCAUCUUUAGCUGGUGCUGUUACAUCUGGUUUUGUGUGCUAUAAUGCUUAUGGUAAUUUAUGUUAUUUCACAAACUGGAUUUUAAUAACUAAUUGCAAUGGAUUUUAUAUAUAUUAUUUAACACAACCGUUAGAAUGCAACUUGCGAUAUUGCACAAUAUAA